AUGAUUCUGUUGCUCCUUUGGGCUGCAGUAAUCUCGUACGUGGUCAGCCAUCCGACCACAUCCUUGGAUGUCCCGCCUUCGACAUUUUGGUUCCGACGUGACCCUGAAACGCGGAUGACAGUGCCAGAGAUUAUCAAGCACUGGGGGUACCCAGUGGAGGUUCAUCAUGUGGUCACCCCGGACGGCUAUAUUCUCGAAAUGCAUCGAAUCCCUUAUGGAAAAGCCGGGCCGUCGAACACUUCUCGACCGGUGGUGUUCCUGCAACACGGUUUGGAGUGUAGCAGCAGCGACUGGAUCAUGAACCUCCCCGAUCAAAGUGCAGGUAAGAACUCCCCGCGAACGGUAACGAGCCACGAAUUUUGCUACAGCUGA